CGGGCGUUGGGGCCGGGCGGGAUGAGGCGCUGCUCCACCCCGGGGCGCUUACGGGGUCCUGGAGGGGUCCCUAAAGGCCCCGGGCUUGGGGGGCGGCCCAGCGGGGAGCUUCCCUCCCCGGCCCCCUGCUCGGAGUCCUGGCUCCCGCGGGAGGCCGGCGGGAGGCGACGCCGGAGCCUCGGGGAGCCUGGAGGGGCCGCCCCCGGCCGCCUCCUGAGUCGCAGCAGGGCCGAGGGCCGAGCCCUCUUCCAGCCCCUUCUUGGCGCGCUUGGCCUUCGGUGGCCACAGAAGGCCAGGCCAGGGCCUCUGGAGCCUUGGAUGCAGGCCCGUCCCUUUUUCUGGGGUGGGGUUUGGGGUGCUGCUGUAGACACCGGGUAAAAUGAGAUUCUGGGGCACAUCUGUAGCUUCUGAUUCAGGGGACAAAUGAUUUAUUCAUUCAACAAGUAGUUAUUGAGCGCCUAAUACCUACCAGGCUCUACGCAUGUUGGGGAUUCAGCAGUGGGCAACUCAUGCUCCCCCCGCCUUGCGGACCUGACAGUCUAGCAGGGGGGAGAUCUGGGAGGGGCUUCAGAAAUCUGCAUUUUUUUGGAGUACCCUCAGGUGAUUCUGUUGCAGGUGGUACUCCGGGCGUGCUUUGGGGGAAAAAAAGAAAAAAACACUGCCCCUGCCGGUGAGAGCAUGGGCUACACCUUACUGAAGCCUGCAGGGUCUUGUGGGGUCUGCUGCUGCCUUUCUGUCGCAUCUCAUACCCUCCUCAUUGCUCACGGGGCUUCAGCCGCACUAGUCUUCUUUCUCCAGAACAGCGGCAUCUGCCUCGGAGCCUUUGCAGGUGCUGUUCCCUCUGCCUGGACUCCCUCUCAUGGUUGCCUUUUCUUCUCAAUCAGGCCUCGGCUUAAAUGACCCUUACCCAGGGUCCUCCCCCCCCACCCUUAUCUGGUUCUGGAAGUGUCCACCCAGCCCCGUUUUAUUAACCUCAUCGUGCUUACCAGUAUUUGAAUGAUUUCGCUUGUUAGUUACCUUGCCGGUCUGUCUUCCUCCACCCGAAUGUAAGUUUCACAAGAGCAGAUGCCUUGCCUGCCUUCCUGGCAGCAUUGCUGCAGUUUAGCGGAGGGCCUGGCCUGGGUGCAUUCAUUCAUUCAUUCAUUCAGUAAAUAUUUGCUGAGCGCCAGCUCUGUGCCAGGGGCCGUUCUAGGCUCUGGGGAUACAAAGACCAGACAAAAAUUCCUGCCCUCAGGGAAUUUACAUUUGGAGGGUGGGGGACCGCGUCGGAGAUGCUGGGAGACCAACGAGGCUGUUGUGAUCAUCCAGGCCAGAGAUGACCAGGACUCGGGGACUCAGACCAUGGAGCUGGCUCUGGGGAUGGUUCGCCGUCCUGCAGACAUGGGGCGCAGAAAGUCCAAACGGAAGCCGCCCCCCAAGAAGAAGAUGACAGGCACCCUAGAGACCCAGUUCACCUGCCCCUUCUGCAACCACGAGAAGUCUUGUGACGUGAAAAUGGACCGUGCCCGCAACACUGGAGUCAUCUCGUGUACCGUGUGCCUAGAGGAGUUCCAGACACCCAUCACAUAUCUGUCAGAACCGGUGGACGUGUACAGCGAUUGGAUAGAUGCCUGCGAGGCAGCCAAUCAGUAGCAACACAGAGGACCCACCCCCGUGGCAGCCCCGCCUGCCGUGGGCCCGCCUACUGGGUACCAAUCCAGAGACAUUCCAGGGUCCAGGGGGUGGGUCCAGGGCCUUUGCAGCCCACUGUGUGUGUGACGUUGGUGUGGGUGUGAGUGUGUGUGGCUGCACGGGUGGCUGUGGGGGUGUGCUUGUGAGCGUGGGGUGGAGUUGAGGGCGCGCUACUGGGCCCCAGGGGCCUGACCGCCUCCCUUGACUCUGAAAGGCUUUGACUCGCUCCCUCCUCCGGCCCCGGGUGGCCGGCCUGGCUCCCCCAGGCCAGCAUCCUGGCGUCUGGCGCCAGGGCAAGCCCAGGAGAGGCUGCCCCGGGACUCUCCAGCCUCCUCCCCCGCUCCUGGUUUGAGCUGUGCUGCCUGCCCUCCUUCCCUGCCUUCCAAGGCCGGUGGCCUGGGAUUUGAAGCCACAGUCCCUCAGGUCCCCUGCAGGGCAGCCCCGGCUCAUUUUUAGUUGCUUUUGUAGAGGCGGGAGGGGCUGGUCGGGGACAGCUGUCAGUCACGGGCUGUUAAAUAAAGCAGAGAUACAGA